AUGCGUCUUCUCCCGCCGUUGGGGCGGCUUCUCUGCGGCUGCGGCGGUCUAACGCGCGGUGCGGCGUUGCCGCCCAGCUGCCGGCAUGUCGCGACUGCCACCGGCAGCGUUAGUACAAAGAUUGGCGGCGGUGGUGGUGGUGGCGAUAACAAUAGCAACGGCACCGAUGGGGGUGAUAGUGACGGGGGCGGACUUGUUCCCUCCUGCAAUUCCCAUGGCCAUGAAGCACUGGUGGACACUGGCACUUCCUCUUCUGCAGCAGCAACAACAAAUGAUGCCACGGCUGCUUCACAUCAUGACGGCGUCGCCGCAGUUCAUUACGCCUCCUUAUCGACUGCCCAAGGAGGCAUGCCGUCGAUUGUGUCCUCCGGGAGCCACGUCAUGUCUGAGUCCAGACUGGACGAACUUGCGACUCAGGAAGAAGAACGACGUGUGGCGCGGCACAAAAAACUCUUUGAGGACCUCAUUGUCUUUGAGGGCGGGGCACUCGCCGACCACGACUCACUGGGCACCUCGCUCAUCAUGCGCGACUUUAUUCACUUCGCUCUCUACCACAAGAAGUGGGGCUAUUAUCCGAAGUUGCAUCGCAAGUACAGGCAACUCAUGACAAGCGGUUACUUUGAUCCCGUGCCGUUUGCCAGUCUUCGGAACCAGCAUGACUAUGAGCUUUAUGUUGGCAAGAUUCACGAAUCAACUCCUGCCUGCAUCACACCAACGCAACUGUUUCAGCCUCACUACGGUUGGGUGCUGGCGGAAUACCUUGUGACAAUGAUGCGGGCGAAAUUUGACCCCCGUGAGCCGCUUGUUGUGUACGACAUUGGAGCAGGAACAGGGGCCCUGGCGGUGAGUGUGCUGGAUUACCUCGCGGAGCACUUUUCAGCCGUAUAUGCGCAGUGUGAAUACCACGUGGUGGAGCAGAACCCUCAGCUCGUGCAGGUGCUUCGUAACCGUCUCAUCACACAUUAUCAUCAUGUCAAAAUACAUAACAUUUCCAUUCUUAAUUGGCGUCAAUUGGAACGGCGUCGCUGCGUUUUGUUGGGAGUUGAGCUUCUCUCUGGGAUGCCACAUGAUUGCGUCCUGCUUAGCGGCGAUGGUGUUUGUAACGAACACUGGUUUGGUUUUCAGCAACAUGACAAUCUUUCCACUGUACAUGAACGCUACUACGCUUUGAAGGACCCUGUUAUUCUUCGCUACCUGCGUUACCUGCGUUGGCUACAAGAGGAGUCAUUUCAUAGUCUCAAGGUGUUGUGUCUUACGGGCGGGCGUGAAAACAUCGACCCGCCUCCUUUUACCAGCAUUGAACCGAACAUGAAUGACCCUCUGCGUGUUAUCAUGACAAAGGUUAUCUGGACUCACAGCCCAUUUCGAACCCUCUGGCUUCCAACCGUCGCAAUGCUUUUUCUGGAGACAUGCGCCGCGUUCUUCCCUAGGCACCAUCUUUUUCUUGUCGACUGGUCAGGCGUGCGGCAGGCCUUGCCAGGUGUUAACGGGCCAGUGUGUCAGUGCAAAGUACGUGUGGCGAAGGAUAUGUACCUUCGCCGCCCCGCCGACUCGCUGCAUGGCAACGCCGGCAUGGUUGACAUUUGUUUCCCCACGGACUUUGAGCACCUGGCGGUGGUCUACCGUAACAUCUGCGGGGCACAUAAGGAUAUUUCAAGUCUCACCCACCCGCAGUUUUGGAAGACAUUUGGCGGCGACAAGACGGCGCUCUUCACGACACGCAGCGGAUUCAAUCCGCUCCUUGAAGACUUUGAGCCUUUUCACGUCUUUGCCACCCACCACCCGCCAGAGAUGUGA